AUGGCCUCCGCGUCCCCAAAGAGAAAGCGUGGAUGCCCUUACCCUCUGGACACAGAUCAGCCUGGAUUUUGGUUAUUGAGUGAGAGUGACCUAGAAGAAUAUGAUGAAGGCAGUCCCCGAAGCAAAGUUGCGCGGAAGUUCGAUGACCUUGAGAUUCACGGGCUUCAGGAUCAGGGAGACCACGACGCCAGCAGGAAGGAUACCGAGCAGCUCAUAGCUCCUGGAAUGACAUCGGCUGGAGCACCUGAAGGCGACAAGGACUUUUUGACACCAAAGAGCAAGCACAUGUCCGAGGGUGAGGCGAGUGUUGAUUCGCGAACUGGAACCACGCUGGCGAAGAACCUGGGAAAAUCUUCCCGCUCCGGAUCUCCUCCGUUGGCACAUGAGAUAUCCAGUGAGUUUUGGCAAGACUCUGAAAUCACUGGACAUGAUCCCAGCGACCCCGACGACGACGGAUAUGGUAUCAAUGGUCUUGGAUUCAGACCUACAGCAGCAAUUGCCUGGUCAAGAUCACAACGACGGAAACAACAACUGUCUGACUACAAGAACCGCGAAGCUCGAGAAGCAAGACAACAGAGAAGUGAGAGGAGAAAACGCGGUUUUGAUGAAGGCGAAGAUGCGUUGUCCGUCAAGUCCUCGCCUCGCAAGACCGCGCGCGUUCAUUUUGAAGACGGGUGA